CAAACACACUGUGCGGAGUUGAUUUACGGUCGCGAAAGUCACCCGUCUCGCGCGCAACGCUCUCGGUAUCAGUUGUGCGGGCGCUGUCGAUCGUCGCGGAUGUCUUUCUCAGAAUAAAUAACUUUAAGCAUUGUCGGUGUUUUGAAAUUGUUUGAAACCAGAGUGCAAUUGAGUGCAUUGAACAGCCCGUAUUUGCUAAUCGAAUUGGUUUUUAUCUCAUUAUCUUUGUACUGCCUACAAACAAUUGGAAAUUGAUAGAGCCAUGGCUUCCAAACUGAAAAAGGAGAAGAUUGGAAUCAUUGGCAGUGGUCUAAUUGGCCGAUCAUGGGCUAUGUUGUUUGCCGGCGUCGGCUAUCAGGUUACGAUUUUCGACAUCCUUCCCGAAGUGGUGGAAAAAGCUCUCCUGCAAACGAAAGACGAACUUAACCGGCUGGAGAGCGAAGGUCUGCUGCGGGGAUCGCUGAACGCUGCCGAGCAGUUAUCAUGCAUCCGCGGAUCACACAGCUUGAAGGAAACUGCCGAUGGGGCACUCCUCUUGCAGGAAUGUGUUCCGGAAAAUUUGGAGCUAAAAAAGAAACUGUACAAGGAGCUGGAUGCCGUUGUCGGCUCGAGCACGAUUAUUUCCAGCUCGACCAGUACCUUCGUGCCUUCGCUGUUUAGCGAAGGCUUGAAACAUAGGGAUCAGGUUCUGGUGUCUCAUCCAGUCAAUCCACCAUAUUACGUGCCUCUGGUGGAAAUCGUUCCUGCUCCGUGGACCAGACCCGAAUACGUAACAAAAACUCGCGAACUGAUGGCCGAGAUUGGUCAAAAGCCGGUAACGCUCUCGCGGGAAGUCGCUGGGUUUGCUUUGAACCGUAUUCAGUACGCUAUCCUAAACGAAACGUGGCGUUUGGUUGCCGAUGGAAUCCUCAGCGUGAAGGAUAUCGACAGUGUAAUGUCCGAUGGGCUGGGAAUGCGGUACGCGUUCCUCGGACCACUGGAAACUGCCCACCUGAAUGCGGAGGGAAUGCGCAGCUACUGUGAGCGAUACAGUAAGACGAUUUAUGCGGUCAGCGAAACGAUGGGACCAACACCCAACAUGGCACAGGGCAAGCCUAACGAACAGAUAGCCAAAGAGCUCGAGGAGAUGGUUCCACUCGACAAGCUACCGGAAAGACGAGCAUGGCGUGAUGCGUGUCUCACCAAGUUGGCCCAGUUGAAGAAAACUGUUUGAAACGAGCGCGCAGUGAGGUGAACUGCGAGAAUUUUAUUACUUAACAACUUUAAUAUUAGUAUAAAGUAACGGCAAGAACACUAUAUCAAAAUUUGUAGAUAGUGUGCUUUUGACAAUCUGUAACAAUUAUGUUUAUCAUAAUUACAGAUCAUGAAUACAGAUUGCGGAACUAUU